AGGCAUGGCAUUGUAGUUAGAAUUUGAGUUUUGUUUUCGAAGUUAUAAUGAUACUAUUUAAAUGGCAGAAAUUAAACUGUUAUGAUGUUAAAUUAUCAUUAUAAUUUUAGUACAUAUGAUCCUGUUGUUGAUUGAUGAUGUUAAUAUUGUUGUUUGUACGGUGAAAGAUAAGUUGGAAAUUGAGGAACAAAAGAAUAAAGCAGAGGUAGAAGCAGCAAAGAAAAAGGUGGCAGUGGCGGAGAAGAAGGUUAAAGAGGAGGAGGUUUCCGUUGCUGCUACAAAGGACGAGGUUAAAAAUCAAAAGGUAAAGAAGUUAAAGAGAAUAAGGAGAAGGAUGACAAGAAGGGUAUCAAGAUGAUGAACUUCUCCAUGGAAGAGUUUGCAAGUUGGUCUUCAUCAACAGGUAUUGAAACACCCCAAACUUUGGUCCUUGCAAAUUUUUUGAGUCUUGGACAUUCUGCGCAUCAUACGACUCAUCAUACCACUCGUAUGUUGUGGGGAUGGGUCAAUGACCUUAGUCGCAUAUUGGUCAGUGUCACAUUGGCCAAGUUAUGUUCUUGGUACGAAAAGGCAUCACAUGAAUCAUAUGCACAUGAUACGAGAAGUAUAGUGCCAAUCGUAUGUUGUUCAGUGUCUAGCCUUAACUUUCUGUCUAGGGUACAAUUUGGAUGGGUACUAGUCGUAUGGUAGGGUAUGACUCAUGCUAAGGAGUCGUAUGUUGAACAGAUUAAGGUGUCCAAUAUUCUGAUCAAUAUACGAGUGGAGGGUACCACUCGUAUGAUGUGGGUAUGAGUGGAGAGGCCAAAUCGUACCUUCCUAUGAGUCUUUUACAAUUUUAAGAUGGGGGUAUUUUAGAUAUUUUCCACCCUAAUUCCUUAAUACCCCACGUCUUAUAACACUAUUUGGUCCCUCAUUCCUCACUUGAAAAGAUCAAAACACUCUCAAAAUCCUCUUUGAACUUUCUUUUUAA